CUCCAUCUCUGUCGUCACUGUGAGAGAGUCUGGGAGUGGCAGGAAGGAGGAGAGACAGAGGAGAAAGAAGAAGAAGAAAGAGGAGGACGACGAAGAGGUUGAGCAGCUGUUCAUGAAUCAGGACUCUCGUUAAUAUUUACACAACAUCCAUCCAUUUACGGCAGCAGUAUGGCUGAGGGCUCAGUGUCUGUAGCAGAGGUGGAGACCUCCUUCCAGAAGUUUGCAGUCCAUGGAGACACUAAGGCCACAGGGAAGGAGAUGAACGGCAAGAACUUUGCUAAGAUCUGCAAAGACUGCCACAUCGUUGACGGCAAGAAUGUCACCACCACAGAUGUUGACAUAGUUUUUACCAAAGUCAAGGCAAAAUCAGCUCGUGUAAUCACGUUUGAGCAGUUCAACCAGGCUCUGAAAGAGCUGGCUCCCAAACGUUUCAAAGGCAAAAGCGAAGAGGAAGCUCUUCAGCAGCUCUAUGGUCUCAUUGCUGGUAAAGAGCCUGCCAACAUGGGAAUCACUAAAGUGACAAAGGCAGCAGCGGUGGACAGACUGACCAAUACCACCAAAUACACCGGAAUGCACAAGGAGCGGUUUGACGAGUCAGGCAAAGGAAGGGGAAAGGCUGGGCGUGAGGACAUCCCUGACACCAGUGGCUACGUGGCAGCUUACAAGGGCAGUGGCACUUAUGAUGACAAAGUGAAGGAAGCUUAAUUCUGGAAUAAUUUAAAUUAGGUUAUUAAAAAAAAAAACCACACACACACACAACAUAAAUUGACUGACUAUUCCAUUUUUAAGACAAAACAAAUACAUUGUACAUGUCAUGUGGUCAAAGCAUUUACCACAAAUAAAUACCAUUAAGAAUGAAUAAUAGAUAUAUUUAAAGUUUCAAGGUUUUCAUGAGGAACAACCAGGAUGGGACACAAUUUUCUGAAAAUAAUCCAAAGAUUACUGAGCUGCGGUCAGUACAGAAAUGUUCAGUGGGUCGUAGCCUGAACAAUUCACAGCAUUCUGUAUAUUUUCAGUGAUUUUCCAAAGCUUGAACCAAUAGACAAAACUGUACUUGUAGUCAAGCAUGCUUUAAAAAACUUACUGCUUUGUUGUAUAGUGUAACACCGUGCAAUAAUAUUGAUCCAGUCUCUAGAGCGAAUGUGCUUCUAUUCUCAGUUACCUUGAUGUGAUGGCUUUAAGAAAGGACAUGACACAAAGUCACUCCUUACCUUGCUAACCUUAUCCCUCUAUAGUGCCUUUUGACCAGUCGAUGCUUGAUGAUUAUUCUUGUCAUGGAAUUUAUUCAUUUCAUUAAAUAAAAUAUAUAUUAUAUUACAUGAAAUGCAUAAAUAUAAUAUCAUGAAACAUGUAGUAAGCAGUGAAGAACAUGCAAAGUAAACAAGUAAAUAAAUGGCAUCUCAUCUUGUUUUUGGACUGUAAUUAAGUUCAAUGAUCGUUAAGUUGUAAGUAGGUUUGUUUAUUUGUGAUAUGUUGUCUGGGACUUUUUCUUUGUUUCUUGGACAUGUAAUUUUAGCUAUUGUUUGGGUGAAAUGUUUGAGAAUAAUAGUAGAUAAUAGUUAAUAGUUAGUUUGACCUACUGGAUUGCUGAGUAAAUAUUUUCCAAAUUCAUGACUGUGUAAAUGGAGAAUGGAGCCAUUGUUUAAAGGAGUUUCUGCCCGGUUAAACAAAGUGGAAUACUGUGUUGGAGAUCACCUUUAGAAAUUUUGGGCUGGUGGUGUACGUAUACGAAGAGCUAAGCUUGCAAAGGUUGUUGUAUAUAACUUAUGAUAAGGGGAUUCAACUAUUAUUCUACUAACUAUUCUCUUAAUGAAGUUAACCCUUCAUUAAGAGAAUACUGAAUACUGAAACUGGAGCAUGACAGAGACAACAACAACAACAACAACGCCAAAAGACGAAAUUCAAAAGUAGACCAAAUUAGAGUUGGAACUGUACAAAUUGCACCUGAUUAAAAAGGGCAAGUUGUCUGGAGGUUUGAAGUUGGGCUCCAGUGACACUUAUUCAAAGUUUGAUUACAGCACAUAUGGCAGAUAGUGAUGUAGUUGUAGAGAUAUGUAAUUUGUCAGAGUGCAAGGCGAUGUUUCAGUGUGUUCUUGCUGACAAAACUCAAGAAACAUAUUCUACAACAGUACACAGAUAAUGUCUGCUGCAUUAGGUCCUCAUGUUUGCUCAGCUAUUGAAAAAUCACUUGAGCUACAUGAUUCCUUAAAAAACACCAACUCUGAGACAGUAAAGCAUUUAGCGGCAAGAAAAUUCUAGUAAUAAUUUUGACAUAUGUGAAUACAUCUCUCCUGAUUUAAAUACUGGGCAAACUGUUCUAAACAGGGACUCUUUCUGGCUUGAUGGAAAGCCACCAAAUGUUGUAACCCAGCUGCCAUUUGUCUUGCAGAAACGUGCAGUUUCUGAGUGUCUGGAAGUGCUUCCUGUCUGUCCUGACAUGCAUGCAAUUAAUCUUUCCAGAAGGAUAGAUGUGAUGUUGUCCCAUCUGACAUGGGAACAAUUUAUGAGAAAAACAGAAGGAAGAACAGGCAAGUGACUGUGCCAUUUUGUGAGGUUUUGUAGAAAAGUUGCCCACUGAAGGAUUUGUGCAAGGCUCAGGUCAACUAAAGUUUGUCUCCAGUUUGUGAUUAUGUUAUUGAAAAGGUGAAAGCAGUUUUGUGCGGCAAGCCUGAUCUUGAUCAUUUCUCUCAGCUCUUUUGAGAAUACCUGUGGAUUAGGGCUAGAGUUUUGAGAAGUAUAACUUGUACCAGCUUAACGUUCUCAUCACUGAGAAAGAAGUCCUGGUGUCCAUUGGGGAAUUACAACAUUCUGACAUUAAUGUUGGUGUAAGUGUUGUUCCAUUGCUUAAGUAAUAGAGGCAAUAUUUUAUAGCUUUAUGAAUUAAACAUCUGCAACAUUAAAAUAUAAGUAAUGUGAGCAAAUUAUUCAUCUUGUGCUUGUCUUCCAAUUAAUGUCACAUUCUGAGGUGUCUUUUCAUCACCUUGUUUUUUUGUAUACUGGUUUUCUUCUCUGAAAGUGAUCCUAGAACCCGAUUGAGGUUGCUUAGAGUAUUGUUGAUACUAGAAACGUUCAGGUAGACUGUGUGCAUUUUGUUACAGUGUGGUACCAAUUAUUGUGGCCUUAGUGGGACAGUUGUGAUGAAUUGUAAAUUUGGUCUGUUCAGGGAUACUGGAUGCCAGUGCUCCUCUUCCUGCUGUCUGGUUGUAUUUCUCUUGCAUAGAUGGCUCCUUAUUUUGUCUUUCUUUUUACAUGAUCAUACAUCUUUUUGGUCUGGGUUUCGUCCUUGUUUUGCCAUGACGAUACCACACAUACAUUUCAACACUGACACCACCACUGAAUCCCAGACUACAGAUUCAUUUGUA